UUUGCUCUCACAACCUCCUCAUUUCCUACUUUCUACUCAUUCUAGCUCAGCUUUCUUUCUCUUACUUACCUUCUCUUUCGAUUUCUUAGAAAUACCUAUCAAAAUGGUGUUUGCAAUAGAAAAACAAAUGUUUCUUCUUGGUCUUGUGAUUCUCUUUCCUUUACUUUGUGGCUCUCAGAGCACCUUUUCAAGCUCCAGAGCAACCUAUUAUGGUAGCCCUGACUACUAUGGAACUCCACGUGGUGCUUGUGGGUUUGGAGAAUAUGGAAGGACUGUCAAUGAUGGCAAUGUUGCAGGAGUUUCUAGGCUCUACAGGAAUGGAACUGGCUGUGGUGCUUGUUAUCAGGUUAGGUGCACAAAUCCACAAUAUUGCCGUGAUGAUGGGGUGAACAUGGUGGUGACUGACUAUGGUGAAGGAGACAGAACAGACUUCAUUCUCAGCCCAAGAGCCUACACAAAGUUGGCAAAGCCAAACUUGGCCUCGGAGUUGUUUGCUUAUGGCGUCGUUGAUGUCGAAUACAGAAGGAUCCCUUGCAGGUACUCUGGCUACAAUAUCAGGAUCAGGAUCCAUGAGAAUAGCAAAUAUCCGCAAUACUUGGCCCUAGUCGUUCUAUACGUAGCCGGACAAAAUGAUGUCAAUGGGAUAGAGUUGUGGCAGGAGGAUCGCAAAGAAUGGAGAGCAAUGAGAAGAGCCUACGGAGCAGUAUUUGACUUGGCACCAGCAGGUGGUCCUAUAUCCUUGAGGCUCCUAAUAAGUGCCGGUGGAGGCUACACCUGGGUCCAAGCCAACGAUGCAAUCCCUAGUGAUUGGAACGCUGGUGCCGUUUAUGACACAACCGUUCAGCUCACUUAGGUGGACCACUUGAGAUUAUGUAUACCAUAUCUGUAUUCCAGUAGGGUAUGAUAUACUUUUUAAUUGUUGCUUUUGUAGUUGGUCUACGCUUAGUAUGAUGUAUCGUACGGCAGAGUUAGGUGCAGUUCCUCAACUGCCUUUCCUCAAUAAAUAAAUUAGAUUAUUACUUUGAUGUAGUGAUGACACAUGAAUAAAAUAAGUCCCAGAUGUUGGAUCUUUGAUUACUAUA